GAAGCAGCUUCCGGUAGAGUCAAAGUACCAUCAGUAAACAUGGCGGAGGACCUGCUCGAAACAGUGGACAGGCUCCAGUCCCGGCUCCAGGAGAACCAAGAGCCCCGAAAGUUGGUAAAGGCUCUCAGAAGACUGGGGGAGCUUCCCAUGACUGUCGAAAUCCUGGUGGAAACUGGAGUGGGCAAAGCUGUGAAUUCUUUGAGAAAACAUGAAAUAGUUGGAGAGUUGGCCAAAAACCUUGUGGCCAAAUGGAAGAAACUGGUUCCUCAAUCCUCAGACAGAACCUCCAACAGUCACCACCCCAAACCCCAGUCCCACAGAGUCGAAGAACGGCACAAACGAGUCCGGGACCCCUCACCUGAACCUUCUCCUCAACCUUCACCUGAACCCUCUCCUGAGCAUUCAUAUGACCACAAUGACCACGAGGAAGAGGAGGACGAGGAAGACGAGGAAGGCUACAACCCAAACUACUCUCCUCAGUACAGCUCUCCGCAAAGAAACAGCUACCAGUCUGAUGAGUAUGACAGUCCACAGCCAGAGCCCAGCCCUCCACCUGCGCCCCCGCCUCCCAGAAAAGAUCCAAAACAGAGCAGCAAAUCCGGAAAAGAGGUCCACAAAAACCACCACCACCAGAACCGGGACAGGACAGAGGAGCGCCGACCUGGCAGCAGCGACAGGAGAGAGGGGAAGAAGAGAGUGGAGGUAGAGAGGUGGGAGAGGCACCAUAGUCCAGAACAGAAACCACCAAAACAUAAAAAACCCUCUCAGGAGGCCAAGAGGGAAGACAAAAAGAACAAAGGAGACAAUGUCCGACCAAAAGCUCCAAAAGACUCCCCCACAAAUGAAGAAGAGGAGGUGUACGAGACUCCAACCAUGUCUUUUGAAUCUUUCCUCACAUAUGACGCGCCGAGUUCAGUGAAAAAGAAGAAAAAGCCCCCUCCCUCCUCCACCUCUGUCCCAGUCUCCUCUCAUAGCCGAUCGGUCCACUCUUCCUCCUCCACCCAGUCUGCUUCUUCACGGCCCUCCGCCCCUUCAUCAUCACAAUCAUCUUCCUCAUCGUCAAAAGUGAGCAAGUCCAAUGGCAGCAGCAAGCGACCUCACUCAAGCUCCAAGUCCAGAUCCAGUUCAGGACCAGUCCCCGAAAAGCGCAAGAAGGUGGUUGAGCCUGUCCCAGUUCUCCCCGACAUCCCUCUUCCUGCGAUUCAACCGAACUACAGACCCCUGCCCUCCAUUGACGUCACACCACUGUCCCCCCAGAGACGGAAAGUUGCUCUUUAUACUGAUGAGGAGGAUGCCGGCUUCACAGGGAAAAGGUUAAACUCCAAAAUGGUCGUUUUCUCUGGCUCCAAAACCUCAUAUUUGCCUCGAAUGAUGACGCUGUACGAGCAGUGCAUCCGAGUGCUACAGAACAACAUCGACUCCAUUGCUGAGGUGGGAGGAGUUCCAUUUGAAAUCCUGGAGCCUGUUUUGGAGAGGUGCACCCCUGAGCAGCUGUACCGCAUUGAACAGAGCAACCAGUGGUUCACGGAGGAUUCGGACGAGUUGUGGAUGCGUCACUGUCAGAGGGACUUCAAACGGGAGCAGCCUCAAGAGUUCGAGUCUUGGAGAGAAAUGUACCUGAGACUUCAUGACGAGAGGGAGGAGAGGCUCAAGAUGUUAACGCAAAACAUUUCCUCCGCACACGCCAACAAACCCAAAGGUCGACAGGUUAAAAUGGCUUUUGUAAAUUCAGUCGCCAAACCGCCGCGUGACGUUCGCAGGCGUCAGGAAAAAUUCGGUACUUCAAGCGGCUCAUCUGCCUCUUCCACAGCAGCGGCCGCCCCCAUCAAAAUACGUCCAGUAUUCUCAGUGGCUCAGUCUGACUCCAGUGGUCCCUCCUCCUCCCUCGGCUCCUCCUCCUCUCGACCCUCGGCCCUGAGCGGGGGGUCCUCUGCCGCUGCAGCCGCCAGGGACAAACCACAGGUCAAGAAAAUCGCCCCCAUGAUGGCAAAAACUAUCAAAGCCUUCAAGAACCGAUUCUCCCGUCGGUAGUGUGAAGAGACUGCCCGUAGUUUAUGAAAUUACAACUAACUAACAUGUUUUUAAUUUAUCUCAUUUAGCCAUGACAUUUGCACACUCAAAAAACAUUGUGUCUAUCCAUCGUCAAUACAUGAACUUAUUGGUGGAGAAGUCAUUUUGUUCUUUUAAAUGGUUGAGAUUCUGUUUAGGGGGAAGUAUGACGGUUCAAACUGUGAUGAACUUUUUCACACUGUUUUCAGUCCGAUGAGACCUAAGGAAAAGAUAUUUUAGGAUAUUUUUUCUUUAGGAAACAUACUUGUAUUCCCCUUUUUGAAGGACGAAUUUUAUGGCAUUUUCCCAUAAUUGGUUUUAAGUGUACCAUUUGAUUCACUACAUAAGGAACAAUUAUAGGAACAUUGUCCACUUUCAAAGCUGUCCAGUUUUAAAUCCUUGGUCAGAAUCAUGUUUUUAAAAAAAUAAACCUAAUUUAUUUUUUAAUUUAUGAGCGGGCAGCCCACACACAGCAGUUGUCUUGUCAUUCAUUGGAGUGUGUCUCGGUAAUUACACAGAACAAAACCUCCACAGUGAAAUGGACUGUAUUUAUUACAAGGGGACCUGUAAGACCACCACUUGGGCCCAAUAUUAAGUAGGUUAAAAUUUGGAAUUUAUUAGAUUUUAAUAAAUGUUAAAUUGUAAUUUUUAUUAAACAUUGACUUUUGCCCUUAA